GAGAAAGUUUAAAGUCAUUUGCUGCUCGUGAAACGAAGAAUAAAGACAUUUUCGAGGCUCGAGUUUCUGCUCUUUAGCUUCGGCGCUGAUGCUAAUUCACGCUAAAGCGAGACAAAACCUCUCGUUUUAUUCACCAAAAUUGGUGAAUAAAACUGUGAAAUUAAACUGUGAGUCUCACAGUUUAAUUUGUUUAUCUCGUCAGGUUUUGCCUGAAUACAUUUGUUGCUGUAGCUGAAGUAAAAAUAAACCUUUGCAAAGUCACAAUAUUCAGUAAGUCAGGUUUUGUUAAUUUAUAAACUUACGUAACGUAAUGUGUCUUACAACUGAACUUGAUUCGAACUUUAAAUUCGAUUUUUGUAAAAAAAAUAAUAAUAAUAACACUCUUAAUCAUAAUUUCAAGAUACUUUCAGCAUGUGUUGUUUAUACAGAGAUGAUUUUCUGUUAUUUAUAUAGACUUUACUGUUGUUGCUUGUUGUGGACGUUUAAAACAGUUCAUUAAUAGUUUGUUGGUGGGUGGAUGGAACAGCUCAUUAUUACUCCCUGUAGGAGUGGCCACAGUGUCUUCUCCCUUGCGUCCUGUUCUGUCACACAAACUGUCCUCAUGUCCUCUUCCUUCACAACACCCGUGGUUCAAAUAACCGACACAUUCAUUGAUUAUGAAAAUAACUGUUGGCUGCAGAGCGGUGGUGUGGUCCUUAACAUUCUAUAUGAACUUGUGUGUGUGUGUUUUUGUUUGAAUCAGUGAUGGAAUCAGUUCACCCUCCCAUCCAUGAUGGCGCUGAUGUCACUUCCUGGGUGUCGGUUUGUCCUGGAGGCCUCUGGAAUGUGGAGCUGAAGCGAAAACACACAGAAAGUCAAAGUCUGUCAAACUCUGGUGACGUUACAGCGCGUUUGUCCAGUCCCCGUCCACAGCUGGGGUCACUGUGUUACGUCCGAGUGCGACUCAAAGCUGACACGGGUGAAACUGAGAGUUCAGAGUCUGAUCCCGUCGAUGAGAAGCUGUCAGUCACUGAGGUAGCAGCGGCAGAGGUCACCACCUUCCCGAGGAGCCAGGACUCUGUGCUGCAGGUCCCACUGGGCCACUGGAUGACGCUGAGGCUGGGGGAGGGUCAGUGUGAUGUCACAGAAGCAUGUGUGGAGGGAAUGAGGGCCAGAGAGACAUGUGAGAUUCUGCUCUCACCGGUUGGAAAUGGAGUCGAUCGCUGUCCUUCACGAGCCACAGUUGAACUCAGUGGUUUCACGCCAGGCAAGGAAUCCUGGGAAAUGUCAGCGGGGGACAAGUGGGAGUGGGUGAGGUCACACAAACAGAGGGGAGGAGUGAGGUUCAGGAGCGGGGACGUGUGGGGCGCUGCGGACAGCUACAGCCGAGCACUGAAGCUGCUCAUCGCGCUCUACGGCUGCGCCACGCAGAUGGAGGAGGCGGAGUUUAGAGACCCGACAACGACGCAGCAGCGACAGGACCUUCCCUCCGUGGAUGAAUUAAAACAAGUCAAAGCGGAGUUACACUCUAACCUGUCUCUGUGUCAACUCAAACUCAGCCAUCCACUGCGAGCCCGAGCGAACGCGGCCAGAGCCUCGGAGCUGGAGCCAGGUGGCGCUAAAGCCUGGUAUCGCCUGGGUCAGGCGUGUUUGACGCUGAGCGAGCUGGAGGAGGCGAGGCGGGCGUUUGGGCGCCUGCUGCAGCUGCAGCCGCAGUCGCCCGCCGCACUGAAGGCACUGAAGGACGUGGAGAGGAAAGAGAAGGAGACGGACGCAGAAUUAGGACAGCGACUCAGCAAAAUGUUCAGCUGAAGGCCACAAAAUCUAGGCUGACGUGACUCAGUGCAUUCCAUUUAUGUCGGAAUGACAUCGGAUUUAUCUCAGGCUAGCCAUCCUUAGCUUCUGUUAGCACAAAUGGUAUCAGUUGUAAAUGAGAACACGUUAAUUCUCUGUUAGCAAGGUAUGCUAAGUCACCAACCCAACUAUGUUUGUUUUCAUUAUUAGUUGGGCAUGUGGAGUCAGCAUUCCAUUUAUGACGGCGGUCGGAACUGGGAAUGAUGUCAGAUGUCUCUCAGGCUAGCCAUCGUUAGCCUCUGUUAGCGCCUUACAUCAGAUACUGUGAAUGGUUCCUCUGUUAGCAGGGUAUGCUAUGCUAUGUCACCAUUCCCUUAGCACGAUAACACAGUAACAUCCAGAUAUGACCAAGCAUAUCUGGAUGUUGUUUUUAUAAAACUUAAAUUAUUAUUAAAAAUCUGUUCUUCUCAAAAAAUGCUUUAGUGUUUUAUCUGGAAUGAUCAGGACUAAGUAAUAAAGUUUUCUGAUAUGCA